UGUUAGGGAGAAGCUGUUAUAUGAAACUAAUUUGUCUCUUGCCGGUGCCUGUGGAAUCGUUCGUGCGUGUGAAACAUCAGCAAUUCAGCUCAGCCAAAUUUUGUCCCCACCUGAGGCUGUUCAUGCUGUUAAAGACAAGCCGAGUCACGAACGCCACCAACAUCGACAGCACAAAACCAGUGGGCAGCAGCACUCUGUUUUUGGCGGGUGUCCCAAUUGUGGCCGUAAGCAUGCGAAAGACCGGUCAUUUUGCCCGGUGGUGCUCUCAAGCUGAGAAUCCACCCUAUCGCCCGAGUUCCACUGCUGCUCGUCAGAUGGCGCAAGGUGCCAACCAAUCGGAGACGGCUGUUCGUCAGAGGCCGGCCCAACGAGGAACGUAUAUGCAGCAGCGGUUGCAUGCUGUGGAAGCGGAAGGAGCCUUGCCACGGGAAGAUGUCCGUUUCCUGGACGAGGAAUAUGUAACACAUGAACUUAAAAGUUCCGAAGAGGGAGAAGAAUGGCAUGAAAGUCUCUCGAUAGAUGGCAGCACCCCAAUUAGAUUCAAGCUUGACUCUGGCGCCACUUGCAACGUGCUUCCCCUUGAGGAUUUUCGCCGUGUUCAACGGGUGGUGGCGUUGAGUGCUGGUCCUCGCGUGCGGAACUAUGGCGCGAAAGGUGGCUACCUCAAAGUCAUGGGCGUGUUUGUCGGCUCGGUGACCAGUCGCGGCGCUCAGCACUCAGUGAAAUUUGUGGUAGUGGAUGAACCUGGCCAGCCACCUAUAUUGGGCCUUCCAACAUGUACAGCAAUGAAACUCAUCAAACGUGUUCAUGCUGUGACAGUAGAUCAACCAGUGGAGCUGCCAGUCGUCGCGAAGGAGUUUGUGGAUGUGUUUCAAGGAAUCGGAAAACUUCCGGUUCAAUAUGACAUUAAGCUAGCUACCGGUGACAAUUUUGUGGACCCAGUUGUGUGUGCGGCAGGUCGGUUGCCGUUUCUGCUUGAAGACAAAGUAUAUGCCAAACUGGCACAGAUGAUGGAAGAUGGGAUCAUCGCUCCAGUGGUAGAACCAACAUCAUGGGUGAGUCGAAUGAUGGUAGUAGGCAAACCUGAUGGGGAUGUGCGGAUCUGCCUAGAUCCGUCAGAAUUAAACAGGGCAAUACAGCGGCAGCAUUUUGCGGUACCUACAGUGGAGCAACUCUUUGCCAAGGUUGGCAAAGCCAAGUAUUUUUGCAGUUUAGAUGCAGCGUCUGGUUUUUAUCAGAUACCGCUGACCGAGGAAGCAUCCUACCUGUGCACAAUGGCUACUCCAAAAGGACGAUUCCAAUAUCUUCGGCUGCCGUUUGGCCUAAAGUCCGCGCCGGAAGUAUACCUGCAGGUGAUGUCGGAUCUCUUCGGUGAUCUUCCCGGUGUUAUCAUCUACUUUGAUGAUUUUUUGGUCACGGGUGAAACUAUAGCGGAACUGGAACUGAACCUGAAACAGCAGUUACCGUGGCUGGGCCAUGUCAUUGGUCAUGGGACUCUUCGACCUGACCCCGAAAAAGUGGAUGCCAUAGUCAACAUGCCUGACCCAACAGACAAGCAGAGUCUACAGCGUCUUCUGGGAAUGGUGACUUAUUUAGAUAAAUUCUGCAAAGAUUUAGCCACUCUAACACGUCCUCUUCGUGACAUCCUUAAGAAGGAUGCUGCUUGGUGCUGGGAUGAACAGCAGAUGAAGGCCAAUGGCAACUCUGAAAACUGUCCUUUCGUCGUUACCGGUGCUCCGAUUGUUUGA